AUAAAUUGACCUGAUCAAGACCAAAGUAGCAAGCUUUUCAUAUAUAAAUCCCAUAUUGCAAUUCUUUGCUUAUCGAAUUAAGUUGUUGAAGAAGGAUGCAGAAACCGGCUGUUUGCGCCAUAUUUUUACUCUUGGUGUUCUUGAUUAAUGGUCCUCAACGAGGAAUUUGUUUGGCUGAUGAAUCUGAUCAGCAAGAUCAAGAAUACUACUUGAAAUUUGUACAUGAUGCAAUUGAAUUUCCACCCGAAAAACAUUAUGAUUAUAUUGUAGUUGGUGGAGGGACAGCAGGUUGUCCUCUCGCCGCCACUCUAUCAGCACAUUACUCUGUCCUCCUCCUCGAAAGGGGCAAUACACCUCACGAAAAACCAGAAGUCCUACGACAAGAAAAUCUUUUCAAGACCGUUCUAGAAGCAGGUAUUGACAAAGACUCCCCUGCUCAAACCUUCACCUCAGAAGAUGGUGUUCCAAAUGUAAGGGGAAGGAUCCUAGGCGGAGGCACCAUGAUAAAUGCUGGUUUCUACUCGAGAGCCGACAAAGAGUACUAUUCAAAAUCUGGCAUAGAUUGGGACAUGGACCUUGUUAAGAAGUCGUAUAAAUGGGUUGAGGAAAAAAUUGUCUUUAAACCUCCUGUUGGAACAUGGCAAUCUUCUGUGAAAGAAGCACUUCUAGAAGUUGGUCUUGGUCCGAGUAAUGGAUAUACAUUCAAUCACAUCAUUGGAACCAAAAUUGGAGGCUCAAUCUUUGACAAGGUAGGACGACGACAUGGUGCAGUGGAGCUUCUAAACCAAGCUGUAUUAAAAAACAUCCAAGUGGCCAUUCAUGCCACGGUAGAGAGGGUGAUUUUCUCCUCAAAUUCGUCAGGCCUGUCAGCUGUUGGAGUUAUCUACAGCGAUUCAACAGGUAGACUUCAUCGAGCUAUGUUAAAACCUAAAGGAGAAGUAAUUUUGAGUGCUGGAACUCUCGGCAGUCCCCAGCUUUUGUUGCUAAGUGGGAUCGGUCCAAAACCAUAUCUAUCAUCUUUGAACAUUUCCGUAACCAAGCACCAUCCAUUGGUCGGUCAACUUCUUACUGAUAAUCCACGAUUUGAUAUUAACAUCGCCCCUCCUUUUUUAGUAGAGAAUUCUGGACUCGCAACCGUAGGUAUAACAAGAGAUUACUUCAUAGAAGCCUUAUCAGGCUCAUUCCCUUUUGAUUCCGUGGUCAACUUUAUCCUCUUUCCAGACCCAUCACCUCCUGUGAACUUCACUUUAUUAACCUUGUUUCUCAAGCUUGCAAAACCACUUUCAACUGGUUCACUUCAUCUAGCAUCAUCCACAGAUGUGCAAAUUCCCCCAAAGGUUCGCUUCAACUAUUUUUCCAACCCAAAAGACUUGGAUAAAUGUGUGGUAGGAAUCAAAAGCCUCUACAAGGUUAUCAGUUCUCAUGCCAUGGAAAAGUACAAGCAAGGUCGAAAAGGUGCCAAGGAGUUUAAAUUUGUGGGUCGAUCUUUGCCAGAAAACGAAACAAAUGAUGCAGUGUUCAAAACAUUUUGUCGAAAAAUGUUAACUACUAUGUAUCAUUACCAUGGCGGUUGUGUGGUUGGGAAGGUGGUGGAUCAACGGUUUAGAGUUUUGGGAAUUAAUGCAUUACGAGUUGUUGAUGGUUCCACGUUCACAUCCUCCCCAGGCACCAAUCCUCAAGCUACUCUAAUGAUGAUUGGCCGCUAUGUUGGCCUCAAAAUGCAGGAAGAGAGGAUGACAACGGGGAUGAAUCAUUGAUUCAGUUCAAUUAAAGUUACACCUCAUGAAUAAUGUGGAGCAGGUGAAAUGUCAGAUUCUCUGUCUAAAUAUAAAUAUUGUACCAGUGAAGUUUGAAAUUUUGUACAAGCUAUGCAUGAACGGAGAGGGAAUUGUGUGAAAGGGAAGGAAACAAAUUCACCAAAAUUUCUAUAAUAAAAUUUCAUCAAUUUCUGUCUUGAACAAAA